AUGUAAAAAUAGAAAUAAUGAUAAAAAGAAUGUUCAGUAUUAGAUUAUGCUUAAAAAUAUUUUGUUAAAAAACCUUUUUGUCUAUGGAUCCUGCUCUUUGGAAUGAAAAAUAUCAAGAGACGAAUACUAGAUCACCGGUUGAACUCUUAGAAAAUGUUGAAAAUAAAAAUUCAUAUUUUGAGAAUGUUAUGAAAAAAACCGAUCACGAUGAAGAAAAAGUUGAAUCUCUGAAAGGAAUCAGUGACGAAGAAGAGUCAAUUAAUGAAAUAGACGAUGGGUAUAUUAGAGUGCCACCAUGCAUGUUAGGCAGACCAUUAAAAGAUUUUGAUUGCGAGAAUGAUAAUAACUUUGUUGUUGUCAACAAAAAACUUGGAAAACAAAUGGUCUUUCGAUUUAGCAAAGACAAAUCAUUAUUUUUAUUUGGAGCUGAAAGUCUUAUACGUAAAGUGGCUAUUCAUAUUUUUACUCAUGAGUAUUUUGACAAUUUCAUAUUAGUUACAAUUUUAGUAAAUUGUAUUUUUAUGGCAUUGAAUGAUCCUCCAAAAAUUGCUGAUUAUGUAUUUGCUGUUAUUUACACUUCUGAAAUGAUCAUAAAGAUUUUGGCAAAAGGGUUUAUAUUACAUAAGUAUUCAUAUCUGCGGAGUUUUUGGAACUGGCUGGAUUUUACAGUUGUGCUAUUAGGAUAUGUGACAAUGAGUCCAAACAUUGGGCGACUUGAUAGUAUUAAAACAUUUAGAAUUUUGAGGAUACUUAGGACUUUAUCAUCCAUUAAAGGUUUAAAAACAAUGGUAGAGACUUUGACAAAGUCAAUGGUACUAGUGAAAGAUGUUUUGAUAUUGGUUUUUUUUUAUAUUGCACUGUUUGCACUUAUUGGUUUGCAGCUAUUUCGAGGAAACUUUCGCUCACGAUGUAUUAAAAACCCAAAUGAUACAUCAAUUAUAUCAACCAAUAAGUGGAAAAAAAUACCUGGUAACAUGAUGAGUCACAUUUGUGGGAAUGUUUCAACAUCAUGGUAUUGUGAAGAAGGUUGGACAUGUGUACCUAAUGCCGCUGAAAAUCCUUAUAGAUAUAUCAACUAUGACAACUUUUUAUAUGCUAUGUUAACAUCUUUACAAUUAUUCAGUUUAGAUAACUUAGAUAUUGUGUUAAAUAGUGUAAUUGAGUCAAGGGGACAAUUUUACAUGUUUUAUUUUAUGGUAUGUAUCUUUCUGGGUCCAUUUUAUUUGCUUAAUCUUGUAUUAGCAGUUGUGACUUCAGCAUAUGAGAGUGAGCUGAAUCCGGAUAAGGAUGCUGAGUUAGAAAAACUGACAACUAAGAGACGGUCAAAUUCAGUUUACUCUUUUCAAGGCGAUUGCUUUGUUGAAUUUCUUUCUGGCCCUUCACCCCUAGAAGAAGUAGAUGGAGAACUUCAAUACACUGUUGAAAAUCCUCCACCGAUUAAAAGAAAAAAGAAAAAAAAGAGCAUUGUUCAUCCACCAGAGUUAAAUGACAAUAUUACAUUUUAUAAAAAAAUGCAAUAUGUGUUAUACAAAAUUGUUUCAAACAGUUUUUAUGAAUGGUUUAUUUUUGCAUGUAUUAUUCUGAGUACAGUAUUCAUGUCUGCUGAACACAUUGGAAUGGAUGCUACAUUAGCAUCAAUUACAUCUACAUCUGACUUUGUUUUCACUGGGAUAUUUAUCAUUGAAAUGACAAUGAAGUUGUUUGCAUUAUCACUACGAGGGUAUUUGUCAAGCAAGUGGAAUCUUCUUGAUGGCUUACUUGUAGUUAUUAGCGUUGUUAAUAUUUUGUUGGUUUUUUUUACAAACAUUCCAAAGGGAACACUUAAAAUGCUGAAAGUGUUUCGGUUGUUACGAAUUCUCAAAGUGACUCAAUCAUGGAAGGGAAUGGGUCAGUUGCUGGCAACAAUUUCCAACAGUUUAAGUGCACUAGUUUAUGCAGCAAUCAUACUUGGUUUAGUGAUAUAUAUUUUUUCUGUUAUUGGAAUGCAACUUUUUCGAAAGUAUUACACUGUUCAAAACUUUUCAGCUGGUGAAAUUCCUCGAUUCAACUUUACUGAUUUUGGAAAUUCUUUAAUGAUGAUUUUUCGUAUUUUUUGUGGAAAGUGGAUAGAACCUACAUGGGAUUUGAUUUCACUUACUUCUCCGGCAUCCAUGUUGUUUAUUUUUUUUGUAUUUGUGACUGGAAGAUGGAUUGUUUUGAACCUGUUUUUGGCACUUUUGUUAAAUGCAUUUUCUGCUUAUGCUAUGAAAAAAACAGCAAGUGAGUCAAAUGAAAAUGAAAAUAAACCCAAAUCAUUUAAAAUUUCAAGAUUUAUUGAAUGGGUAAAAGGCUACAGAGAAAAAAGUUUCAAAUCUGAUUUUGUAAUAAAGAAAGCAUCAUCAGCACCACAAAUAAUGCACAUGGAAAUGCAGCGUGGGGAAGUGCCAGUAUUUGAUGGAUAUGGAAAUAGAAGUUACUCUUCAAAGAAAACAUAUUUUAAAGAUCUUGUAGACCAGUCAAAUGGUUCAGGAAGAAACAAAGUUAAUAGUUUAUCAACGUAUUCUGAAAGCAUUGUGGUUGGGAAUAGCACAAGUCAUUCGAACAGCAAUAAAAGUUUUAACAAGAGAGGACAUUCUUCAUCAUCUGUUCAAGUAGAAAUGAAGCGUGAAAAAACAUAUGUUGAUGAUUGCUUGUGUGAUAUAUGCUACCAAUGGAACUGUUUUUAUUCCAGUUAUUUAAACUCAACAAUGCGAAGAAGUUGGCAUAAUGCACGCUAUUUGUUCCAACAACUUAUUGAAUACAAAUACUUUGAAGGAGUGGUUUUAUUUCUGAUUGGGUUUAGUAGCAUUACUUUGGUGUUUGAAGAUAUUUACCUUUCUGAACGCCCAAUGUUGCAAAAAUUCAUUUUAUACUGUAAUUAUUUCUUUGCUAUUGUAUUUACUCUGGAGUUUUUAAUCAAAGUUUUUGCUAUGGGAUUGGUCAAGUAUUUUACAAAUCUAUGGAAUCUUUUGGAUGUUUUUAUUGUAGUUAUUUCUUUAACUUCUCUACUUGGUGGAAAUAAAAAGCUUAAAGCACUUCGAUCACUCAGGGGACUGCGUCCUUUGAGAGCUAUUGCGCGAUUUAAAGGAAUGAAGAUUGUUGUUAAUGCAUUGUUAGCUUCAAUUCCAUCAAUUGCAAAUGUUUUGUUUAUAUGUCUUAUAUUUUGGCUGAUAUUUAGUAUCAUUGGGUUUAAUUUGUUUGGCGGUAAAUUUUCUUACUGUGCAAAUGCUACAAAUCAAGUUGUAAGGCUAUCAAAAAGUUUUGGCAUCAAGACUAAAGCUCAAUGCUUAAACAAUUCAAGCUUUAAUUGGGUUCAAAAAACAAUUAAUUUUGACAGUUCCAUAAAUGGUUUUUUAGCUUUAUUUCAAACAGCAACACUAGAAGGUUGGUUUGAUGUUAUGGCGGAUGCACAAGAUGCAACUGGUGUGGAUGAACAACCACAAUACCGAUACAGCUAUGCAAAUCAACUCUUUUUUGUUGCAUUUGUUAUAUUAGGAAGAUUUUUCUUUUUAAAUUUAUUUAUUGGGGUCAUUAUUGACAAUUUUAAUAGACUGAAGCAGCAAUAUGAAGAUGGUAUUGGUGUAUUUUUAACCCCUGGUCAAAGGAACUGGAUCAAUACAUUAAAAUCUGCUUCAUUAAGAAAGCCAACAUACAGAUUGAGCAGACCACAAGAAAAAUGGUGUGCAGCGUUGUUUGACUUUGUUCGCAAAAGAUACUUUGAAUUUUUCAUUAUGGGUGUUAUUUUUUUAAACAUGAUUACAAUGAUGAUUGAACAUCAUGACCAAAGUAAUCAAGUGGCUUCAGCUUUAACCUAUUUGAAUUAUUUAUUUACAGCUGUAUUUGCAUUUGAGUGUGUGGCACUACUUGUGUGCAUGAGAUUUAACUACUUUAGAAGUCGUAUGAACAUUUUUGAUUUACUUGUUGUGCUUGUUUCAAUUAUUGGUAUUGUGUUGGACGUUUACAACUUAGAUAUAGGGGUUUCACCUGGACUUUUUAGGGUUGUUCGAGUGUUUCGGAUUUCACGCCUUUUAAGAUUCUUUGAAGGUGCAAAAGGGGUUCGAAAAAUGAUGUUUACAGUUAUUAAGUCAGGUCCUUCUUUAAGUAAUGUUGGAACAUUAAUUUUCCUCAUCACAUUUAUAUACUCUGUAAUUGCCAUGAAUCUUUUUGGUAGACUUAAACACCAAGGACCAAUCACUCAGGUAACUAACUUUGAAACAUUUGCAAGUAGUUUUUGUUUGCUUUUUCGAACCAUGACAACAGCUGGUUGGAAUGAUGUACUUGAUGCUGCAAUGAUUCAACCUCCUCGAUGUAAUGCUAGUCUAAAAACAGACACUAGUGUCACUAGUGGAGACUGUGGAAAUACAAUAGUGGCAAUUAUCUUCUUUGUAUCUUACGUAUUUUUUAUUGUUCUUAUCCUCCUUAACAUGUAUAUUGCAGUCAUUUUAGAAAAUUUUAAUCAGGCUCAAUCUCAAGAGGAGGCUGGUUUAACAGAGGAAGAUAUUUUGGCUUAUUAUACCACAUGGGAAGAUUUUGAUCCGAAAGCAACUCAGUUUAUUAAAUACAGUAAGCUGCCCGAUUUUCUUCAUGCACUUGAGGGCCCUUUGAGAAUACCAAAACCAAAUUAUUGGUUUUUAGAACAAAGUGAUAUUCCUAUUCGAGAUCGCCAAAGAUGUCAUUGUUUAGAUGUAAUGAUAUCUUUAAUUAGACGCGCGUUAGGGGAAGCAAGUUGCGAAGAAAGCGAUGGCGUGAAAAUUGUAAUGAAAAAAGUAGAAGAGCGAUAUAAAAAAGUCUUUCCAUUGUGGGCAAAAGAAGUUAUUGUUGAAACAAUAAAGCACCGUCUUAAAACAGAAAACACUGCUGCUAGAAGGAUCCAGAGAGUGUUUCGAAGACAUUUAUUAAUGGACAACAUUCAAGCAAUUACAACAUCCAAAAAUAUUGGCGUUAGAUCAAGAGAAAAAACUUUAUGGAAAAUUGAGCGUUUAAUUACAGUGCUAUGGAAAGCGAAGUUUGAAUAUCAGAAAUUUAUUAAAGAGUGUAACGAAGAAGUAGAAACAGAGAGAGAAGAUGAUAACACAACUAGAGUUUAAAAAAUGCAUUUUAUUAUCAACGUUUUAUAUUUUUAAGUUUAUAUAUUUAUAAUAUAUAUUUUUGUAUAUCAAAAGAGUACGGCUUUUAUCGAA